AUGAAAACAACGCGGUUAAUUUUAACACUUUUGUUCAUUGCUCAUGCAAUUAGCUCUUCUUAUUCAUUGAGUAAGCUUGAUAAAUUACUGUCCCUGAACCUUUCACCAUUGUUCAUACGAUUAAAGUUAUUAUUAACUCCACCUUCAUCACGUCCACCGAUGAUCUAUGUAAAUAUAUUACCCAAUAGAAUAAAUUUUCCAACGCAUUUGGAUGUCCAGGUUAUACUGGCUAAGCAUUUGCGUAGAUUGGAAAACAUAAGACAACUUGAGAUGGAUCAUAGUAAUAAUAAAAGAGCUACUAACGCUAGUACAAGUUCUGAUGUUCCACCACCUGGUGCAGUAAAUUCUCCUCAAGCAGUUGGUGUUGUUAAUUUCUUAAACGACAACGAGUGGAUUGGUCAAAUAUCACUCGGAACCCCACCACAACCGUUUUUAAUAAAUUUUGACACAGGAUCUGCCGAUUUAUGGGUACCUUCGUCAGAAUGUGGAGAUGAGUGUAAGUCCCAUCGAAGAUUCGAAGAAGAAAAAAGCUCAACCUUCACUCCCAUUGGAAAGAAAUUCAAAAUCUCUUAUGGCGAUGCUAUGAUAGUAAAAAACCAAGUAUUUGCUUCCGUAGAGGAUGUAAGCGAAAUUCUGGCAAAUGAUGUAGUUGAUGGAAUUUUGGGCUUAGGUUACGAGGCACUUUCGAUGGUACGAGGAAUAGAUACACCAUUUACCAGUAUGGUAAAACAGAAACUAUUACCACGAGGCAUUUUCUCUGUCCAAUUAAGACCAAAAAGAGCAAUAAAAGGGUCUUUGGGUGGUGUGAUUAUUUUUGGGGGUGUAGAUCCAAAACUGUUCUUCAACCCGAUAACUUUCACUCCUGUGACAAGAAAAUUAUUUUGGCAAAUUGCCAUCAAUGCAAUUAUGGCUGACGGAGUGAUUGUUGGUGGUAAAUCACAACAGUGCAUUGUUGAUACAGGAACAACAUUAAUGGUGAUUGGUAAAAAAGAAGCCCAAGCGAUCCACGAUCGCGUUGGUGGUAAAUUUGACAAGCGUACCAAGACGUGGCAGGUACCAUGUGACCUUGCAACCUCAAAAAAUAAAAAGCCACUUAAAAUUGUCAUAGUGAUCAAUAAUACACCUUUUUCAAUUGAUCCUCGGGAUAUUGUCAGAGAGCCUGUAUCAAGUUCAUCUAGUUUUUGUUUCUCUGGAAUAGCGUCCACAGAUAGCAAUCUAUGGAUUCUCGGGGGAGUGUUCAUGAAAAAUGUCUACGUUAUUUUUGACCGAGAACAAGAUCGUGUUGGGUUUGCAUUGCCAAGAUAUGAUAAUUAA